AUGCGGAUUCUAGUGACAGGAGCCACGGGCUUCCUAGGCACGGCGCUCGUAACGCGGCUCGUUGAAGUGGGACACAAUGUUCGGGUGCUGGUUCGGCGCAGCAGCGACGUGUCAGACCUGCCGUUGGCGGCGGAGCGCGCGUACGGCGACGUGACAGAUGGCGCGUCCGUAUUGGCUGCGGCGGAGGGCUGCGAGGCGGCGUUCCACCUGGCGGCGCUCGUGCAGGCGUGGUGGCCCGACGAGCGCGCGUUCGAGCGGGUAAACGUGGGCGGGCUGGAGAACAUGCUGCAGGCGCUGCGACAGACGGCGUCGUUGCAGCGCGUGGUGUACGUGUCGUCCUUCUUCGCGCUCGGCCCCACCGACGGCACCAUUGGCGACUCCUCACAGGAGCACAGCGGGCGGGGCUUCUGCACGGAGUACAGCGGGCGGGGCUUCUGCACGGAGUACGAGCGCACCAAGUGGGUGGCGGACAAGGUGGCGAGGCGGGCGGUGGAGAGUGAGGGGGUGGACGUGGUGCUCGUGUACCCGUGCGUCAUCUACGGGCCCGGCAGGAUCACCGCCUCCAACCUCGUUGUCAAGAUGAUCGCGGACCACUUCCAGGGGCGCCUACCAGGGCUGUUGGGCAGCGGCACGCGCCUCAACAACUUUGUGCACGUCAACGACGUCGUGCUCGGCCUGCUCGCCGCCCUGCACCGCGGCACGCCCGGGCGGCGCUACAUCCUGGGCGGCGAGAACGCGUCCAUGGUGCAGCUGUUCCAGGCCGUGCACCGCGCCACAGGGAAGGCCCCCCCGCGCCUGCGCCUGCCGCUGUGGCUGGUGGCCGUGCUGGGGUGGGUGUCGGUGCUGGUGGCGAAAAUGGGCGGGCCCAUACCCAUCUUCACUCACCAGUCAGUGCGCGCAUUCAACCACGACUGGGCGUACAGCAGCGAGCAGGCACAGCAGGACCUCGAGUACUCGCCGCUCUCGCUGGAGGAAGGGCUCCGAGACACCCUCACGUGGAUGCGCGCCGUGGGGGCCAUCAAGUAG